AUGGAGGUGUCUGAACUCAAGAAACAGUUAGAAGUUGCCCGACAAAAGGGUAUUACUGUUCGGGCAUUGGUUGCAAUUAAUCCGGGCAACCCAACAGGGCUGGUUCUUGCUGAAGAAAACCAACGACAAAUUGUGGAAAUUUUCAAGAAAGAAGGUUUGGUUCUUUUAGCAGAUGAGGUAUACCAAGAGAAUAUCUAUGCACCUGACAAGAAAUUUAACUCAUUCAAGAAAAUCUGUCGUUCAAUGGGAUAUGGUGACAAAGAUAUCCCCUUGGUUUCUUUUCAAUCCGUAUCUAAAGGAACAAAGAAUGUGGGUAAGUUUAAGAACAUUUUACACUAUUUUUUGUAUUCCCAUGGUAUUUUAUUCAUUGAUCAGAAAGAUGAUUCAUCCAUGGAUGACUGCUUUAUUCAUGGUCUUGACAGGAGAAGUGGGAUCAACUUAAUUCAUAAUGUUGUUUACAAUUGUGGAUCAAAACACAUAAACUAUAGUGGCUUAUUGGAAAGGGUGAUGAAAUGA